CAUAUUUCUGUUUUCGUUAAUCGUUGUAUUGUUUAAAAAUCAAUGUUUGCGAUUUACUUGUGUUACCGAGUUGUCUGUUUUAGUGUCGUAGGAGGUUUCUGUGUGGUACACCGUGGUAUUCAUCGCGCGACGUGCGUCUGUUUACUAAGAGGCUCACAUUACUCUUCCGCAUGCCUACGCCAAAGCAAAUGACGUAACGCAACCGGUGUUUGUGACUCAAGGGUCCGCCGUCCCACGCGCUCUGCUUGUCGACCGAACGUACGGACACAAUGAGGAAGAAGCAGAAUGUUCGAAACAGAAAAACAGAAGAAGCAACUGUAGUACAAGAAUUUGUUGUUGAGAAAAUUAUUGACAGACGUGUUGUGGAUGGAAAAGUAGAGUACUUUUUGAAAUGGAAGGGUUUUACAGAUGCUGAUAACACCUGGGAGCCAGAGGAAAACUUGGACUGUCCAGAGUUAAUUGAAGAAUUUCUAAAUGCUCCAUACUUGAUAGAGGAAAAAGAAGAUGCAACAACUCCUCCGGAGUCUACAGUUGUACCUGAUGCAGAAUCAGGGAACUUGGAUCUCGAUGAGGAACAGGUAUCUGAACUUCAGGAGACUGAAGAGCAAUAUGAGGAAGAAAAACCAAGAGGUUUUGCUUGUGGCUUUCAACCAGAGCGUAUUAUUGGAUCAACUGAUAAAAAAGGGGAGUUAAUGUUUUUAAUAAAAUGGAAAGACUCUGAUGAGGUAGAUUUAGUGCCAGCUAGAGAAGCAAGCAUGAAGUGCCCUGAAGUUGUUAUUGCUUUUUAUGAGGAAAAACUCACAUGGCAUUCAUGUUCAGAAGAGGAUCUACCAUAACAAAACCUGUAUAUUUGUCCAUGCUGCUCACCUCAGAAGAGAAUGUGACUUCAACUAAACAAGCUUAUUGCACGCCUGUUUUUUUUUCUAACUUGAUGCAGCAUAACAUCUUGGAUUAAAAAUUGAAAUAUUAAACAAUAAUUUAUUCAUUUAAUACACUACAAGUCACUGAGUUAUUUGUUGAUUCUUUCUUGGUUUGUUUUUGCAUGUAACAAUAACUUUUGUUAAUGAUAACAGUAUAUUUUUUUGGUCCUUGAAAAAACUUUGUGUCACUUAUGGUUGUUUUUAUAUUGCUUUAAAAAUACUGUAUAUCUUGACAUAUCUUGAUAGAACAUGCUUAUCUGUGUUUCUAUCUUCCUAUUUAAGGUACUUUCCUUGUCUCAUACUUAUCAAAACACAGAUCUGAUGUAAUUGCAAAAUUGUUCUUUUUAUUCAGUUUACAUUACUUCUGUGAGCAAUAUUGUUCUGAUUAUGUGCCCUGUGCAUUUUUUUUUAUUAAAUUUGAGUCUGAAAUUUUUUAA